AUGGAUGGUCAUAACAAUGAUGGUUAUGAUGUUGAAAAAACAGUUAUACAUCCGAUUUAUGCAAUUAAUCAGCACCCACCUACUGAUUUGGCACUGAUUAAACUAACAGCUGAUUUACCGCUUAUCGAUACAAACGUUGGACAACCACUACUACUACAUCCAUAUCGGACACUAAACGGUAUUUGUUUGCCAAAGUUUAAAAUAUACAAUAAUAGGGAUGAGUUGGCAUUGAUGGCCGGUUACGGUGCAGUUACCCAUACCGAUUUUACGAAUAGACUUCAUAUGGGUUUUAUUAAGAUUAAGGCAGCCGUACGUAAUGCGACAGACUAUUGGCGGAUAGCUAUACUCGGCCAACGAUAUCCUCAAUAUAACGGCACCUUUUCAUGUCCGCACCCGGCUACCGAUUUGGCACUGGUUAAACUAACAGCUGACUUACCGCUUAUCGAUACAAACACUGGACAACCACUACUACAUCCAUAUCGUGGACUAAACGGUAUUUGUUUGCCAAUGGCUAACCAACACAACGAUAGGGAUGAGUUGGCAUUGAUGGCCGGUUACGGUGGAGUAACCGAUACCGAGUAUAGUAAUAGACUACGUAUGGGUUAUAUUAGGAUUAAGGCAGCCGUACGUAAUGCGACAGACUAUUGGCGUAUAGCUAUACUCGGCCAACGAUAUCCUCAAUAUAACGGCACCUUUUCAUGUCCGGGUGAUUCUGGUGCUCCAUUGUAUCAUUUAAGUCCAGAAAUAUAUAGUGCAAAAAUUCAGGGGGGUGCUAAUUUAAAUGCAAUCGAGUCUAUCACCGAGAUUAAAGAUAUUACUACAAAUAAAAAAUCAUAUGAUUUGAUUGUUGACUUGGGCUGCGCUGACGGCCGUAUAACCAAACAUUUGUUAGGCAAACAAAUCCCUCAUAAACUGUUGGUCGGUAUCGAUGUCGUACCCGAUAUGAUAAGCUAUGCCCGUCAGCAUAAUUCAGAUGAAACCAUUGAAUAUCUAUUGCAAGAUAUGAGUGUCAAGUGGCCAGAGAUGAGUCCCCGGAUUAGACAAUUGGAGUCUAAAGUGGAUCUAAUAUUUUCAAACUUUACCCUACAAUAUAUGCCCGAUAAGUGGCAAUUGAUGGCCACUUGUAAUCGCUUACUAACCGCUAGUGGUAGUAGUAGUAGUAGUAGUAGUAGUGGCGGUAUAUUUCACGCCAAUGUGAUUAUAUUACCCGAUCUGAACAAAAAACUGGUCUCAAACACUACUAAUAGUCCCGACAAACAAUGGUAUCAAACCCGUGAAAAACAAUUAGACGAUUGGCGUCAAAGUCUAGCGGAUAAUCACUUUCUGAUCCAUAAGUUUCAGAUUAUUGAUAGCAUUUGGCCGACGGAUAGACAGAGAAUGAUUGAACUAAUGCCUGUAAUGCUGUCAAACUAUCGGUCAUUUUUCAAAAAUCAAUCGGACUUUGAUAGUGAACUCAACGAUCACUUAACGGAUACAGUGUUUGACGCCUACGUCAAUCCCGACAGCCCUGAGCCCAAUCCCAGAGCGUGGCAACAGUUUUUGGCCGAUCCGACCGUUACGGAAGUCAACAUUUACUUACGUGUACUACGUAUAACUGCUGUUAAAGAAUAA